AUUCUAUCGUAGAUUUGUACAGAAAUAACUAAGGACCUUUUCAAUAUACGAGUCCCAAAACAGUCGUCUAACAUAGGGAAUAUGGCUCUGGUGAGCUCAUUUUUUGGGAGUAGAUUUUCUCAGAAACAACUAAAAAUAACACCAAUGAGCAGUAACAAAUGCUUGCCUUGAAAGUUUAACUGUGGCUUUGCAGGGUCGUCAUCGCCUUGAAACAGCAAACAAAGCGAAAAAAAUAUACGUCAAAACUUAACUAUCACUAACACCGAAGGAAAAAACAAAAUAAAGGACAACAAACCCUGUAUUUUGGCUGGCUUACGCCACAUAUUCGCCAUCUUUUCUUAUCAAAUUUCCACUAUGACGAGAACAUCAGACACCAUCUUGAAGCACGAAACAACCAAUCGGCGAUGAGAAAUCUACCCACGUGAUGUACGUUUCCAAUCCAGUCUUUUACUAUCCAUGGAAAUAUACAAGUAGACAUCGAAGGGUCUCUCCGGCACGCCGUCAACAGCAGUAGAUCGAGACUAUUGGAACACUUUACAAAGCAGACCCGUAUCAACUGGCUUUCGAGAUCUUGACUGAAGAAUACGAAGAUCAAAACUGAAGCAUGGACAUCUUUACCAGCUACAAAAUACCAGCGCCAUGAGCAGAUUCAAGUUUUAUCGUUUACUUUUCGUCCUUCUCGCUGUCUUGUGCAUAUUGAUGAUAAUAUUCUUCUCCAAACAGCUUCACAAGACCAGAAAACGCCAUGCACUAAAUCUAGUUAAUGAUUUAAAGCGUUUAGCGGUUGAACUCUCCGAGACACAAAGAAGCUUGGUCAAUUCUCCAUUGCAUUUUCACCGCGUUGGAAAAAAUGUUGAACUUUUACGCGGCAUAAUAAAAUCCUUGGGUGAAAAUUUAGAGAAUGAGGAUAAAAGUUUUUUUGGAGGUGGUUUCAGUUCUAGCAAGUCUACGUCAAAGAAGGAGGUUUGUCCCGAGAAAUUUAUGGGAAAUGAUUCACUUUAUGGAUAUCCUUUUUAUAGGAAAGGUUUCGAGGGAGUAAACUGUGCCGAGUUUGUUCCGAUAAAUAAACUUGUGUCAGUACUCGUAACUUUACCUGAGGAGAGGUCACUUGAAGAACAGCAUCAAGUAUUUCAAGGCAUCGCCAAACAUUAUCCACACAUACCUAUAACAUUAGUGUCGAAAACAGAGCCUACCUUGACAGGGAUAACAAAGCUUAAGCUGAAUUUUAAGAACAUCGUCUUCAAAGGCCUGACACACGGAGAGACUUGGUCCAAGUUGCUCCAGAACGUGAAGACGCCAUACGUUCUCUUUGCCCCGGAUAUUACACACUUUACUGAUGACGUAAACCUUGAGCGCCUCGUUCGCAUGCUGAGUGAGACCCAGGACACAAUUAUUGCUGGGGGAAGCCAUAAAAAUCUGCGUGGGGAGUGGGACAAAGACUGCCUUCAGGUGAUGUUCAGAAAUUGGACUGCACACUUUAGGGGCGGAUAUUUCCAUUCAUUUAAUGAUUGCAUAGUGUGUGAUGUGAUUCCUGGUCCGUUUAUGGCCAAAACCAAAGAUCUCCAUCUCGUUGGAAUUGAUGAAAAGCUUUCGAGACCCUGACUGAAGAAUACAAAGGCAAACGGGACUCGCUGUUCCUCCCUGCGACUUGAAGAAUUUGGCAGACGCAAAUGAAGUGCAUCAUGAAAGAAUGUGAAAACGCCGGAGUGUAUUGUGAGCUGCAUGAAGGAUCAGUGUUAGGUAAUUCGUUUAUACUUCACCUAAACUCGCCUCAUAUAACAAUGUAUUGCCUUAAUUGCUUCAAAAUAAAACAGUGAAAUUCAAAGAAUACAUCCAAAAAAGGAAAAAACAUCAACGUCAUAAGGCAUCCGGGACCUCACACUGAGAGCCCCUAUAUCACCCAGGGCCACCCCAAAGUAUCGCCUUUUUGCUUCGCUCCCUCGUGCGAGAAGAUGGCAGACAAAGAUGAGCUCGUCAGUGGAUGGGAUAUCUCAGGUAAUCCACCUUCUCUUGCCACUCUUAGCAGCCAUCGUGACACUAGUCCGAUAGCUGAACUCUUAUCGAACAGUCCGUUCAUCACCUUUCUAUCCGAAGCUGUUGCAAAGCAAAUUUCUGUUUCAUCGAACUUUGCAAGUUCAUCCACUGGUUCCCUCGCCGGUUCAACAAACGAGACGGAUCGCAGUAAACCAUCUGAGUCAUCAGAAUCGGUUGUUAAUUCCGGUGAAGCCUCCGGAUCAACAAAAGGCUCAGCUACGAAAGACAAACGUGCUCCUGAAGGAGACGAGCCAAACGCAAGCAACAACAAGAAGCCUCGUGUUCAGAAACCUCCACUCAUUACAAUUGAUGGGCAGGAUUCGAAUGAUUUGCCGGCCUCUGUAGAACUAGAGGAUGAACUUACAACCUCUGGCCGCUGGGAAACAUCAGAUGAGUUGUCUGCUCUACUUCCCUUGUUAUUUACGAAGGAACUUUCCGCGUUUGAACGACGGGCGAUCGUGAAAGAUUUCCCGCGCCCGAACGUGGAAUGCGUUUUUGCUCCUAACCCGGAUUCGUAUUUGGGUGACUUGGUCCCACAAGCUAAACCUGUGGAUAAACCGAUAAAAAAGUCACAAGACCUCAUCCUUGAUGUUACUGGCCCACUAGCAAUGGCGUGGGAGCACAUGAAUAGCGCCGAAACCUUGUCGGUGGAUGUAAUCCAGACCUGCAUUUCUAAAGCCCUGUUCUUACUAGGAAAUGCCUGCAGCCACUUGACUACUUGGCGCCGGAGGCUUGUUCUGGAUAAACUUGGCUCUGAUUACGGUUCCCUCGCUAAAGAAAGCUUUCCAGAAUGCAAGAAAGAUUUGUUUGGCCCAGGCUUGGAAGAAAAGGUUACUAAACGUGCCGAAACCGCCAAGGUGAUCUCGUCUGCCUUGCGUAAACCUGGCCAUGUUUCAAAGAAGUUUUUUCAUGCUCGGCCUUCCCAAAAUUCAAAGCCGAGCUGGGAGGGCCAUUACAGCCCGCGAGGCAACAGUUUUUUCAGAGGCAGAUCCUCCUACAACCGCACCCCUUGGAGGGGCGGCCGAUUUCACCGGAGAGGGUCUUCCAGGGGGACACCCAACAUCUCAGGCCUCUAAUUUCCCAAGGUAUGUUUGCAAAUCCAGAUUUAUUGUUAAGCACAAAUUUAACUCCUUUGGGAGGUCGGUUGCAAAGUUUUCUUCCCCAGUGGCAAAGCCUAACUUCAGACCCCUGGGUACUAAAUGUUAUCCAAGGGUACCGCCUCCCCUUGUUGAUGGAACCAUUUCAGAGUCACAUACCCAGUACACAUGUGUCAGAUACUCAAGCCAGCUUAAUAGACGAAGAAGUCAAAGAAAUGAUACAAAAAGGGGCAGUUCAUGCAGUUCCCAACUCUCACCCCCGAGACGGUUUUGUCAGUUUUCUUUUUCUAGUUCCCAAAAAGGGAGGAGGCCAACGCCCAGUUAUCAAUCUCAAAGGGCUAAAUCAAUUCUUAGAAUACCAGCAUUUCAAAGUGGAGGGUAUUCACAUGUUACGGGAUCUUGUCAAAGAAAACGACCACCUGGUAGAGAUCGAUUUAAAAGACGCAUACUUUACCAUUCCAAUUUGGAAGAACCAUCAAAAGUAUCUCAGAUUCCUUUGGAAAGAUACCCUCCUGGAAUUCACGUGCCUCCCCUUUGGGCUAGCUUCAGCACCCCUGGUGUUAACCAAGAUACUAAGACCAGUCGUAGCAUUGUUACGCAAACAAGGUGUACGACUGAUUAUUUAUUUGGACGACAUCCCGAUCAUGGCAGAGUCAGUCGAGAUAGCCAAAGCCCAUGCCAACCUGGCAGUCAACUUGCUAACCAGCUUGGGCUUUGUGAUCAACCACAAAAGGUCAGUUCUAAAUCCCAGUCAACAGUUAGAGUUUCUGGGGUUCACAGUCAACUCAGUAACUAUGACUCUGUCCUUAACCCACGACAAACUUCGUCAAAUCAGGAGAGAGAGUAAGUCCUUGCUGAGCAACAACCCGGUUUCUGUAAGAGAACUCUCUCGAUUUCUAGGGAAGCUAAAUGCAUCCAUUCAGGCAGUUUUCCCUGCUCCCCUAAACUAGCGCCACCUCCGGCGGGUAAAACACCUUGCUCUCAGUCAUUCACAGGACUAGGGAGGAACUGAUUUGGUGGCGAGACAACCUGCUAGCCUGAAAUGGCAAAAGUCUAGUAUCAAAAUGCCCCGAUAUCGUUAUAGAGACAGAUGCUUCGUCUCUAGGCUGGGGGGCUCGUUAUGGGGACAUUGGUCUCAGACCGAGCGUUUAUUGCACAUAAACUGCCUGGAACUGAUAGCGGGAGGAUUUGCUCUGAAAUCAUUCGUAAAAGACAGAUGCCAUAUCAAAGUCAUUCUGUUAAUGGCCAACCAGACAUCAGUUACAUACCUAAACAAAAUGGGGGCACGUCCUCAUGCAUUCUCGCUUCCUUGACCUAUCAAAUAUGGCAGUGGUGUCUCAACAGAGACAUAACUAUAGUCGCACAACACCUACCAGGGUAUCUAUGUAAUAGCCGACGAGGAGUCCCGAUCGCUGGGCGACUCCAGCGAUUGGAAACUCAUGCCCGAAAUAUUCCAGCAAAUAAAUCUGCUCUGGGGUCCUCUAGAAAUAGACCUUUUUGCCUCUCGGCUAACCAACCAACUCCCUCGUUAUGUGAGUUGGAAGCCAGACCCAGGAGCAGAAGCGACGGAUGCUUUUUCGCUAAACUGGGCCCAACACAGAGGUUAUGUAUUCCCGCCAUAUAUACUGAUUGGGCUUUGCGUCAAACAGGUCAUCCGUCAACAAGUUCCAAGUCUUGUGAUAGUUACCCAGGUUUGGAAAAUGUAAUCCUAGUUCCCUCUGCUCCUGGAGCUGUGUGUGGACCAACCACUGCUCCUCCCACCCUCCCCCAAUCUGCUGACCAGGGAACAGGAGCAACACCCCUAAAAGACCUUGUUUUAGCCGCGUGGCUUGUCUCAGCCAACAGUUCGAGGCAAACAGCAUUUCGCACGAAGCUAAAACCCUUCUCUUGUCCGCUUGGCGUAAAUCCACAGCAGCCUGUUAUAACUCUGCUUGGAAACAGUGGGUUAGCUGGUGUUUAUCAAAACAAAUUAAUCCAGUUUCAGCACCUUUGAAUGCAAUCAUUGAAUAUCUGACACAUUUAUUCCAUCUUGGAAGAGAGUACAGGACAAUCAACCUCCAUAGGUUUGCUAUUUCCAAAACACA